UAAAACGUCGAAAAAGACCUAUAAAGUUAUUAGUUAUGAUUCGUUUUAUACUGAUACAAAACCGUGCUGGAAAAACUCGACUUGCUAAAUGGUACAUUCCUUUAGAUGAUGAAGAAAAGCAAAAGCUUAUUGAGGAAGUACAUGCUACUGUGACUGUCAGAGAUGCUAAGCACACAAAUUUUGUUGAGUUCCGCAGCUUUAAAAUUGUCUACCGAAGAUAUGCAGGAUUGUAUUUUUGCUUCUGCGUAGAUGUUGGUGACAACAAUCUUGUUUAUUUAGAAGCCAUUCAUAAUUUUGUUGAGGUUUUGAAUGAGUUUUUUCAUAAUGUUUGUGAACUAGACUUGGUAUUUAAUUUUUACAAGGUUUACUCAGUCGUCGACGAAAUGUUUUUGGCUGGUGAAAUACGAGAGACAAGUCAAGCAAAAGUGUUAAAACAGCUUUAUAUGAUAGGAACACUAGAAUAAGUUAUUGGUAAUUAACUUUUUAUGCGACUUAGGAAUCCAAUUUAUCAAUUCCUUCACUUACAUUCAUUUACAAAAAAAAAAAUUCGGUGAAACAAAUUUUAUAUUUUUUAAUUUAUGUUAUAAGAUUUUUGUAUUGCUUGUAUUUUUGAAAGUUUACGAUUUCAGCCUAAUCCCUUUUAUUUAAUUUUUUUUGUUGUUGUUGAAAGUCUGUUAACGCCAUUGAGUAAAUUAUCUUUUAAUAAAAAAUUAAAAAUAUUUUAUAAAAUAAACUAAUUUUUUGCAUCAAUUUUUUUUUUGUUUUUUUUUGUUAUUAGUGGUUAAAAUUAAAAGUUAAUUUCUAAAAAAUGAUCUGUAUGCAUAAUAAAAAAAACAGCAUCAAAUAUUCUAAUCUUUCUUGCAAAGCACUAAUUUAAUGAUUUUUUUUUAAUUUAUAAUUUAUUAACACAUGUUAUUCAAGCUUACAUGUCAUUUAAGCUUACUCAUUAUAUAUUUUUUCAUAUCUUAUUGACUGUGAAUGUAUACUGCAAUUCAAUGCAAACUGCAUCGCUGUUAAAAAUGUGUAAAUAUUGUUAAAACUCAAAUAACUUGAUGCUACAAAUUGUAAAAGUUUGUAAAUGAUUUGAAAAGAUGUUUUGUUUUCUU